AUGGCAGAUGGGGCUCAGGCCAACCCCAAAGGGUUCAGAAAGAAGGUGCUUAGACACCCCUCGGGGUGGAGGGGCCCAAGCCUCAGGGCCGCUUCUCCUUUGAGAACCUCCAGAUCUCGCCUGGGGCUGAAGUUCAUCACCAUCGCCCUCCUGGCCAGCAGCGUCCUGCCCGAGACCCACAGCAGCCUAUUAAACCUCAAGUCCAUGGUGGAAGCCAUCACCGGGAGGAACGCCAUCCUAUCCUUCGUGGGCUACGGCUGCUACUGCGGGCUGGGGGGGCACGGCCUGCCCAUGGACGAGGUGGACUGGUGCUGCCACGCCCACGACUGCUGCUACCAGAAGCUCUUUGACCUGGGCUGCCACACCUACGUGGACCACUAUGACUACACCAUCGAGAACAACGCCGACAUUAUCUGCAGCGAGCUCAACCAGACGGAGUGUGACAAGCAGACGUGCGAGUGUGACAAGAGCGUGGUUCUGUGCCUCCAGAAGCAGAAGUACAACGAACAGCAUCGCAAUUACCUCAACAUCUACUGCCAGGGCCCCACACCCAAUUGCAGCAUCUAUGAGCCGCCCCCUGAGGACAGCUCCCUGGCGCCCCCCACACCUCCCUAGUGCCCCCGGGGCCUGACAGAGAAAAGGGUGCAGGCUGUUGGAGCAGGUGGAGGUGGGGGAAGGGCGGGAGUCCCCAGGCUACCCCACUGCCUCCACCUUGGAGCCCUCCAGUGAGAUCGGCUCUCAGAGGACUCAGAAAGGCCUGGGCCCUGACCGUGGCCACCUGGGUCCCCUAGCCCAGCACCGGGGGUGGCUUCAUCCUGGACAUGGCAGGGAGCAUGUGGCCUGUUGGGGGUUCUCCAGAGUUUGGAAAGCAAGGCCUAAGAGGGACUGGGGGCCUCUGAGCUUGACUUCCACAGCCAGGCCAUCAGGGCUAGGUCCCCGGUCUUAGAGACCCAGACCCAGGGCAGCCGACACUGGCCCAGAGCUUGGGACAUCCUAGGAUCCAGGUUCCCAGGCAGACAGAGUGCUGCUCACAAGGCCUGGGUACUGGGGUCCCCUUGGCUGCUCCCACAGGAUGACUCAGAGUGACCCCUGCUUUGAGGGCCUCGAAGCUCUCCAGAGCCCCAUUAAAGAGCAGGUGGCCCCAUCCUGGCCUUCCCAAGGUGGCACGGAAGUCCCGGCCUACACACACAGGAGGGCCUUGGUGCUUAGUAUCCCAGCCCUGACGUCUGGCCUCAGUUCCCCAGAGUGCCUCAGAGCAGGCUCCUGGGCACUGACAGAACCCACGUGCACUCCCCUAGGUACACGGGGACGGAAAUGCAGGCCCGCCCAAAUAUGACCCCAUCACUCGGGUCCUCCUGCCUCCCCUGCCCACCCACUAAUGUCAGAGACACAGCCUGGCCACGCCCCGCCCUGCAACGUGGAACUGCUCUGAGGAGGGCCCUGACCGCUUGCUCCCUGAGUCCCUGACAAACUCGGGAGGGGAGCAAGGCCCAGGCCCCUAAGACCCCCGGGGUGGCAGCCAGGCAAGGGGGUGGAAGGACCAGAACCCUCCCUCCCUGGGCAGCUGGCGACAAAAGCCCUCUCUAUGGGGAGGAGACCGAGGGCCGAGACCUGCUUCAGUGAAGACUGAAACAAAGGCAGGAGGGCCCAGGUCUAGGCAGGAGGCCCGUGGGGAAGAUUCCAGAAGGCAGGAGGGAGGG